AUGCGAAGAAAGUCCUCAAAAGCGGUAAAAAUACGAUUCGCGUGGCCUUUGAGUCGGCGCUCACCUACUCUAGCCGUCAGUCGCACUGGUUGUAUGGCUAAGGAAUAUCACGGCGAGUGUCACAACAAUAUGAUCCGCAAAAUGGCCUCAUCUUUCAGCUGGGAUUGGGGACCGGCGUUUCCCACUCAAGGCAUUUGGAAACCCAUCGGAAUUGAAGCGUACGAUAAGGCCAUCAUUAGAGACAUCACAGUCGAGACCACACGUGAUAAGGGGAACGCCUCCCAGUGGGCGCUCAACAUGGCUGUCCACAUAGAGUCCGAUUCCCUCCAGAAGUUUGACACCAAUCUGUCGGUCUAUUUGGACGAUCACGAGCUGAUUGCCGGUCGCGCCUACACUCUAACCCCUGCCACCGAUGGCAGCGCUCGCAUUAAACUCAUAAUACCGGUGACGGGUGUCGACAUCACGGCCUGGUAUCCCAACGGCGUGUCACAGAAUACGCAAAAGUUGUACGCAUUGAGAGCUAAGCUGGAGUUCCCGGACAGUAAAGAGGUGUCGGAGCAGACGCGACGGAUUGGGUUCCGCACUAUUGAAGUGAUUCAGACACCGGUGCAGCCGAAAGGGUUGACCUUUUAUUUCCAAGUGAAUGGACAGCCGUUUUUCGCGAAGGGAACCAAUUGGAUACCCGCCGACAACCUCCAGGAGCGCGUAUCCAAGGAGUACUUGCGAGAGCUGAUGGAGGCGGCCAGGGAUGCCAACAUGAAUAUGAUGCGAGUGUGGGGCGGAGGGGUGUAUGAGUCGGACUACCUCUACGAGUUGGCCGACGAGUACGGUGUCAUGAUAUGGCAGGACUUCAUGUUUGCCUGUUCUCUAUAC